AUGUAAAUCUAUUUAGGCGGUAAUCAUGAGCUUAAACUAAAGCAAAUAUUUAAAGGCAAAAAUGCUAUCUUUUAUAAUCCUAAUAAAGAAAUAAAGCAAACAGAAUAGUAUAAAUUGUAUAAAGAUUUUUCUGAUUAAGGAGGUGAAGUUAUCAUCAUUGAUACAUCAGGUAAGAAGCAUUCUAAGAUAUCAUUAAAUGUAGAACCAAAGAAAAAGUAUGAGAGCACACUUAAUAAAAUUGACUAUGUUUUGACAUCUUAGCAAUAAGCAGAUAAUUAAGACUAAAACGAAAUGAGGCAGUCACUUUGUGAUGAACUAAAUAUCUCAUUGCAAUUUCUUACCAAAUUAAUUGAUCAGAAACUUAAAAUUUUGCCUGUCGAAUGGCUCAAGGCUUGCAUUUAAGCCAAUAAUUUCAUUGAGGACUUUUAAAAAUAUAUUCACUUGAACAAAAUACAAUAAAUAUCGAAGGGUGAAGAGUCAAAGUCUCAAGAAGCAACUAAAUCUAAUAAAAAGAGAGAUCUUAAAGACUUGGAUAAAAAAUAAGUUAAAGGCAAAUAAGGAAAGGAUGAUCAAGAGGAGGAAAAGAAGGGUAGUAAUAGCAAUGAUAAAGAUCAAGGUGGGGAGGGCAAGUAAAAACCACUUAAUAAUGAGAUAGCAGAUCAAUUAGAUAGAUUAUUAAAGUACUAUACUACUCAAGGAGACAGAGGAAGAAUGUUCGGCUAUAAGAGGGCAUUGACUUCUCUCAAGCUUUUCAAUGAGCCCAUCUACAAUAUUGAUCAAAUAGAUAAAGUACCUAACAUCGGAGAUGGAAUCAGGAAAAAGAUCAAAGAGUUCAUUGAUGAUGGAAUAAUUAAGAGAUUUGAGUUCAUAGACACUGAUGAAAAGCAUAAUACCUUGAAACUGAUUGAGAGUGUAUGGGGAAUCGGUCCAAAGAAUGCCCAAAAGCUCUAUGAUAAAAAGAUUAGGACUAUUGAGGAUUUGAGAAAGAAUCAACAUCUCCUCACUGACAUGUAAAAAAUUGGCCUCAAGUAUCACGAGGAUUUCAUAGAAAAAAUACCUAGGAAAGAAGUAGAAUAGUUACUAGAAAGAGUUAAACAGACAGCCUUCAAAAUUUUCUAAGAUGGGGAAAAACACCUCCAGAUAUAGGCUUGUGGUUCAUUCAGGAGAGGCAGAGAUUUCUGUGGUGAUAUUGACGUCUUGAUAACUAGAACAGAUGGGAAGUCGAUAGAAGGCAUUAAUGAAAAAGUAGUUGUCCAGCUAGAAAAAGAAGGAUUCUUAAAGGAAAGACUAGGGGCUUUGAGAAAAAGUGCUACUGGUUCUGAGGGCUACUAAGGAAUCUGCCAGCUAGAUAAGGAUCAUAAAUUCAGGCGUAUUGAUUUGAAAGUCUACCCAGCUGACUAGUACGGCUAUGCUAUAUUAUACUUCACAGGGAGUGGCAAUUUUAAUGUAAAUAUGAGAACUGAAGCCCUAAAAUUAGGCUACUCACUUUCCGAUCAUGGUAUGCAUAAACUUAAAGAUAGCAAAAAGAAGAAUAUUCCUUGUUUAAAGGAGGAAGAUAUUUUCACUCUUUUAAAUAUGCCCUUUAAGGCUCCCAAUGAAAGAGAUGUCUGA